AUUUUAAAAACCAAAAUCAGCCAGACCUGCACAAAAAUUGAAGAACAGAGUCAAGAAUUGCGCACUUAUAAAAAGUCUUCUUCUACCCCCCAGAACAAAUCUUCCACAGAGCGCCAUGGCGGAGUACCAGAGAAUCCACCCGGUGAGCGUCGAGUCCCCGCCGCCAUCGGCGCCAUCUGUUCUGUCGCCAGUCUUCUCCAGCCGCGAGAAACAGGCGCCGCCGCAGAGAACGGUGCCCGCGGCCCCUCUGCCGCCGCCGAGGCGACGGCGGAGCUGCUGCUGCAGGUGCAUGUGCUGGACUCUGCUCGCCGUCGUCGUCCUCGUCGUCGCCGUCGCCGCCACCGCGGGCAUUCUCUACCUCGUCUUCGAUCCCAAGCUUCCCAAGUACUCGGUCGACCGCCUCAGGAUCUCGAACUUCACCAUCGGCCCCAACAGCACCAUCACCGCCACCUUCAACGUGACCGUGACGGCGCGGAACCCGAACAAGAGGAUCGGAAUCUACUACGGCGACGGCAGCCAUCUGAGCUCAUGGUACAACGGCGAGCAGCUCUGCGCCGGUAGCUUCCCGGCGUUCUACCAGGGCCACAGGAACACGACGGUGCUGAACGUGCUCCUCACCGGCGAGACGCAGAUGGGGAGCGAACUGGUGUCCGAACUGCUCCAGCAGCAGCAGAGCGGCAUGAUCCCGUUGGCCGUCCGCGGCAACGUGCCGGUCAGAGUCAAGUUCGGUAGGCUCCGGCUCCGGCGGACCACCUUCAAAGUCCGCUGCGCCCUCGUGGUCAACAGUUUGACCACGAGCUCCGACAUCAGCAUCCGAUCGAACAGAUGCAGAUUCAGGCUCAAGUUUUGAUUUCCAUGGCCAUUUUAAUUUCCUGAUUAUCAUAAAUUAUUACUCGAAAAAUAGAUAUAUUUUCGAGAUUUUUUUUAAUUUCCUUUAAAAUAAUACACACUUCAUUAUAUAAAGAAAUAAGUUAAAGAAAUAAGAGAUGGAGAGAGGUUGCUUCAUGGUUCA